UGGACUUGGACUCAGACACAGGGCCACUCGGGGAGAAGAGCAUAUAAAGGAGCUGUCUGCUGCCUGAAGGCAGAAAGAGUGUCCACCGGCCAGCAGCCUUCAGCCGGGACCCUGUCUCCUCCACGCCCCCAGCGCUUCAUCCUUGCCCUGUCUGGACCUGAACACCGAGUGCAGUCCACGCCGGCCUUCCAGCGUACCAGGGCCGCAGCAGGAGGCAGGAUGCUCUGGAGGCUGGUCCUGCUGGCCCUGUGUGUGUGGCCGCGUGCUCAAGCCGCCGACCCGGACGCGGAGGCGACCUUCGACCUCUUCAGCCUCAGCAACAUCAACCGGAAGACCAUCGGCGCCAAGCAGUUCCGGGGGCCCGAGCCCGGCGCGCCCGCCUACCGCUUCGUCCGCUUCGACUACAUCCCCCCGGUGAGCGCGGACGGGCUGGGCCGGAUCCUGGAGGCCAUGCGGCGGAAGGACGGCUUCUUCCUGGCGGCGCAGCUGAAGCAGGACCCGCGGUCCCGCGGCACGCUGCUGGCCCUGGAGGGCCCCGGCGCGGCGGGGCGGCGCUUCGCGCUCGUGUCGGACGGGCCGCGCGACGCGCUGGACCUGGCCUUCCGCGCGGGCGGCGCGCAGCACGUGCUCUCGCUGGAGGACGUGGGCCUGGCCGACGCGCGCUGGAAGAACGUCACCGUGCAGGUGGCCGGCGACGCCUUCAGCCUGUACGUGGGCUGCGACCUGGUGGACAGCGUCGCCCUGGACGAGCCCUUCUACGAGCAGCUGCCCGCCGACGGCAGCCGCAUGUACGUGGCCCGCGGCGCCUCGCGGGAGAGCCACUUCAGGGGUUUGCUGCAGAAUGUCCACUUAGUGUUUGAAAACUCCGUGGAAGAGGUUCUAAGCAGGAAAGGCUGCCACCGAGGCCUGGGAGCUGAAGCCAAUGCUAUCAGUGAGCACACGGAGACACUGCACCUGAGCCCUCACCUCACCACGGACUUUGUCGGCCAUGGUGUGCAGAAGAGGCCUGAGGUGUGCACACACUCCUGUGAGGAGCUGAGCAACAUGAUGAACGAGCUUUCUGGGCUGCAUCUGAUGGUGAACCAGCUCAGCAAGAACCUGGAGAGAGUGUCGGAUGACAACCAGUUUCUCCUGGAGCUUAUCGGUGGUCCCCUGAAGACCAGGAACAUGUCAGGCUGCUUACAGGAUGGUCGGUUCUUUGCAGAAAAUGAAACCUGGGUGAUAGACAGCUGUACGUCAUGCACCUGCAAGAAAUUUAAAACCAUCUGCCACCAAAUCUCAUGCCCACCAGCAAACUGCGCCACCCCAUCCUUCAUUGAAGGCGAAUGCUGCCCUUCCUGUUCUCACUCGGGCGCGGGCGAGGAGGGCUGGUCUCCGUGGGCCGAGUGGACGCAGUGCUCCGUCACCUGCGGCUCCGGCACGCAGCAGCGGGGCCGGUCCUGCGAUGUCACCAGCAACACCUGCCGGGGCGCCUCCAUCCAGACGCGGGCCUGCGCCCUGGACAAGUGUGACACCCGCAUCCGUCAGAACGGCGGCUGGAGCCACUGGUCGCCGUGGUCCUCGUGCUCAGCGACCUGCGGCGAGGGCAACGUCACUCGCAUCCGCCUCUGCAAUUCACCCGUGCCCCAGAUGGGCGGCAGGAGCUGCAAGGGCAGUGGCCGGGAGACCAAGCCCUGCCAGGGCACGCCGUGCCCCGUCGACGGCCGCUGGAGCCCCUGGUCUCCAUGGUCAGCCUGCACGGUCACCUGUGCGGGAGGAAUCCGGGAGCGGGCCAGGGUCUGCAACAGCCCUGAGCCCCAGCACGGCGGGAGGGACUGCGUGGGAGACAUGAAGGAGCACCAGAUGUGCAACAAGAGGAGCUGCCCCAUAGAUGGCUGCUUGUCCAACCCCUGCUUUCCUGGAGCAGAGUGCAACAGCUUUCCUGAUGGCUCGUGGUCCUGCGGCUCCUGCCCUGCGGGCUUCCUAGGCAAUGGCACUCACUGCGAGGACCUGGAUGAGUGUGCUGUGGUCACGGAUAUUUGCUUCUCUACCAGCAAAGCUUCCCGCUGCGUCAACACCCUGCCCGGCUUCCACUGUCUGCCCUGCCCCCCACGCUACAAGGGGAGCCAGCCCUUCGGGGUUGGCCUGGAGGCUGCCAGGACAGAAAAGCAGGUGUGUGAACCUGAAAACCCAUGCAAGGACAAGACUCACAACUGCCACAAGCAUGCAGAGUGCAUCUACCUGGGUCACUUCAGCGAUCCUAUGUUCAAGUGUGAGUGCCAGACAGGCUACGCAGGCGAUGGGCUCAUCUGCGGGGAGGACUCGGACCUGGAUGGCUGGCCCAACAACAACCUGGUGUGUGCCACCAACGCUACCUACCACUGCAUCAAGGAUAACUGUCCCCGGCUGCCCAACUCCGGGCAGGAGGAUUUCGACAAGGAUGGAAUUGGUGAUGCCUGUGAUGAGGACGAUGACAACGACGGCGUGAGCGACGAGAAGGACAACUGCCAGCUCCUCUUCAACCCCCGCCAGUUUGACUAUGACAAGGAUGAGGUUGGGGACCGCUGUGACAACUGUCCCUACGUGCACAACCCCGCGCAGAUCGACACCGACAACAACGGUGAAGGCGACGCCUGCUCGGUGGACAUAGACGGGGACGAUGUUUUCAAUGAAAGAGACAACUGUCCUUAUGUCUAUAAUACGGACCAGAGGGACACCGACGGCGAUGGCGUUGGGGACCACUGUGACAACUGCCCGCUGAUGCACAACCCAGACCAGACAGACGCGGACAAUGACCUCGUCGGGGACCAGUGCGACAACAAUGAGGACAUAGACGAUGACGGUCACCAGAACAACCAGGACAACUGCCCCUACAUCUCCAACGCCAACCAGGCCGACCACGACGACGACGGCCAGGGCGACGCCUGCGACUCCGACGACGACAACGACGGCGUCCCCGACGACAGGGACAACUGCCGGCUGGUGUUCAACCCGGGCCAGGAGGACGCCGACGGUGACGGGCGGGGUGAUAUCUGCAAGGAGGAUUUUGACAAUGACAGCGUCCCUGACAUCGAUGACGUGUGCCCGGAGAACAACGCCAUCAGUGAGACAGACUUCAGGAACUUCCAGAUGGUCCCCCUGGACCCGAAGGGAACCACACAGAUCGAUCCCAACUGGGUCAUUCGCCACCAGGGAAAGGAGCUGGUCCAGACGGCGAACUCAGACCCGGGCAUUGCUGUAGGUUUUGAUGAGUUUGGGUCUGUGGACUUCAGCGGCACAUUCUACGUCAACACUGACCGGGACGACGACUACGCUGGCUUCGUCUUUGGCUAUCAGUCCAGCAGCCGCUUCUAUGUGGUAAUGUGGAAGCAGGUCACGCAGACCUACUGGGAAGACCAGCCCAGCAGGGCCUACGGCUACUCGGGGGUGUCCCUCAAGGUGGUGAACUCCACGACCGGCGCGGGAGAGCACCUGCGCAAUGCCCUGUGGCACACGGGGAACACGGAGGGGCAGGUGCGCACACUGUGGCAUGACCCCAAAAACAUCGGCUGGAAAGACUACACUGCCUACAGGUGGCAUCUGAUCCACAGGCCCAAGACUGGCUACAUGAGGGUCCUGGUGCACGAGGGAAAGCAGGUCAUGGCGGACUCAGGACCAAUCUAUGACCACACCUAUGCCGGUGGACGUUUGGGUCUCUUUGUCUUCUCUCAAGAAAUGGUGUACUUCUCUGACCUCAAGUAUGAAUGCAGAGAUGUCUAGACAAUGUACUGCAAAUGCUAUUUUCUAGAGAAGUCAGCACUUGCAGCUUCUCUCUCUCUAGUGGCAUUUCCUGUUCCUUGACUUUAAUCCUGAGUGGUUUUUCGCCUCCUUCAUCAACCCGAAGCCCAAGUGCCUAAAGAGGAAGAACACUAAUGAAAUCAAAAGAUGAACCUCUAACUCACUACAGGAAAACAGUUCUAUGAUGCAUAAGACUUUGGUGGAGUGAAAAUUGAGCAUGAUAUUGCAUUGCUUUCUUUUGUGUGUUUAAAAAGAAUGACGUUUACAUAUAAAAUGUAAUUACUUACUGUAUUUAUGUGUAUAUGGAGUAGAAGGGAAUAUUGUGUGUGCAUAAGCCAUUUUCAUAAAUUAAGCAUGAAAAAUAUUGCUCAACUAUGUUCCGUGCUUAAUGUUUUCACUGUUCUUGGAUUAGAGUUGUUCUACAAUGACAAACCCUCCCAGGUCAUUUGCAAAAAAGGGUUAAUUCAGUCAGGUUUGAAAUAAGGCCACAGCAAUAUGAGAUUGUGGACCCAUGAGCAAAUGAUGUAAGACAUUGAUAAUUGGAACAUUGGAAAUAAUUAGACAAAUACUCUCCUUUUUCCUCUUGUCCAAUGGUUGAAGCUCUCAGAGUUGAUAGCAACAAAGCAUAUUCCUGCUGAAUGGACCUCCACCUGUAUGCCUGGGUAUGAGCUAGGGGCCCCUGCUGGGUCCAUGGGUUGCAGAUAGGCAGAUGAGUGAGACAGUGUACUUUGCACCUAGUUCCUGUUCUAGCUUCUGCUUCCUGUUCUAGCCUUCCUGUUCUUGUCUACUUCCUGUUCUAGGCUUUGGGAACUGCAGGAAACUUGCUGUUACCUAGUCUGGUAACACAUCUCAUUAAGGUUCCAGGUAUAAAUGUUUGUUAAUAUUUAUUGAAUGAAUAUAGAAUGCAGCUCUCUACUCGAUAACUUAUUUGAAAUGAAUGCCAAGUAACACAUAUAUAGUAUAAAUUCUGGGAUUAAACAUCUAAUAAAGAUGAAAUAAUAUGGAGAUACAGUUGCAGAAAUAUCUGUGGGUUGAAUAUAAGGCUUUAUAAUAUGUUUUGAAAAAGUGUGCUGUAAGAUAUAAUGAAGUAAAUAAAUAGUAAUGAAGAAUUUGUAAUGGAACCUUAA